UCAAUUUUUGUCACACUCCUAAGACGAUGUUGUCUAUAAGAACUGAAUCUGUAAUAUCAUGGUCGAGGUCCAGCAAUCCAUCAUUUCUUGGCUGGGUGUACCUCAACAUUGAAAUACUUUUAGGACUCGGACUUUCUGGAUUUCUUGUCUUCCUUGGAAUCGUUAAGUCGUUCCUACCGAAACCUCCACGAGAUUUGACCGGCAAUAUUGUACUGGUAACGGGUGCGACGACGAGCCUCGGCCGCUGCUUAGCAGAGGAGUUCGCCAGUAGUGGCUGCUCGGUCUACCUGGUGGACGGACCCGGGAGCAACGUGGAGGAGCUCGCCGAGCAGCUUCGCGAGAAACAUCGGGGCGCUCGGAGACUGGAACCGGCCCACAGGAAGGAAGAGAGGCGAGUAUCGUCGUCUCCGGCUCUCGGGUACGUCUGCGACCUCUCGGACAGGGAGAAAGUGCGGGUCCUUGGGAAAAAGCUCGGCCGAGCUCUCGGCGGCCUCGAUGUCCUCGUCACCUGCACCCCUGGACCGAUCGAGACCGAAUCCUUUCACGUCCUCAGUCGUGCGCUCGCCUUUCAUUAUUGGACGGUGUUGGCGUUCUUACCAUCCAUGCUACAUCGAGAAAGAGCGCACGUAAUUGGAAUUACGCCAACCAAGUGUACAAUGGAUGCAAGCAUAGGCUCCCGAGCUGCCGUUGCAGGACUAAUGGACAGCUUGGCGCAGCAGUUUAACGGGCAAAAUAAUACACUGACAUUUAUGACCGUUGCACCUAAUGCUGAACCAAGUUUAAUGAAGCAAAGUGAGCAAGUCAUUGCGAGAAAAGUGGUACAGGCUGUUCAAAGAAAUCAAUCGUGUCUAAGCAUAAAUUGGAGCUCAAAAUUGUUGUACUUUUUAAGCUGCAGACUGUACAGCGGCAUAACAACAAUAUCAAGGUGGUUCGAUACGUAAAAAAUGCAUUAUCUAAUCGAGAAAUUAUUUAUUAAAAAUUUA